CAGUACUGAGGCAGAGAGAGCAUGAGAGAAAGGGAAGGAGAGAGGGGGGAGGGAAAGGAAGAGAGAGCCACUGGCAGAAUGAGACUAAUGUUUUCCUCUUCCCGUCAGUUUGAAUAUUUCAGAGCUCUUAGCUCAUAAACACACUUUACUUAUUUAUGAUCUGCUUCCGUUAUCAAUACCUUGCACUUAAAAAGACACACAAACACACACACAAACACACACACACACACACACACACAUUGCUUAAAUACAUGUAUCAAUGCUUGCGUGUGUUUUUGUGGGCAUAUUAUGGAAUUGUGUGUGUAAUGUGGGUGUGGGUAAGGAGUUAGAAAUGCAGAUCAAACAGCCCUGGACAUGCUGGUUUCACUGCCACACAUCUUCCUGGAGUCUCUGACCUAUUUUUUUUUUUUUUUUUUUAUCAUUAUUAUUGAUUCAUAACUCCCACUCCCUACAGGAGGCUACACCUGUUCAAUUAAUAUAGGCCUGUCUUUUCAUGGAUGUUCUCAAAACAAAACUAUUUGACCUUUUUAAAUCAAAGAUUUCUAAUAGCCCAAAUUGCUUUACUUUGUUUAGGCUGAGGGCUGGAAUAAUAUCAGGCUAUAGAUGUAUCACGCUGCCUCUGUUUCAAUGCCUCGCUCUAUCUACAAGGUAUUUUUAGAGGGUGCCACACGCAAUGACAAACACACCAAACGAAAUCAUCAGUCUUUCCAGGCCCGCCUAAUAACCUUAUGAGGGAUUUGACAAGAGACAAUUUAGAGGUUGUUUGGUCUGCGAGCGCCCCCUUGCGAAUAUGACUGGUGUUGUUCCUGGACGGAUGGCAACACGUGUUACCAUGGAGAUCAGUAAACACUACAGGUCAGUCUUCGUUUAUGCUGGUCUAGUAUGAUGUGGUUUGGGAAUUAGCUUGCAGAAGAAUAAGCCUAUAUCUUAAAGGUCGAUUUUCAUAACUGCCGUUUAACUACCGACCGUUAAACCCUAUAGACAACGAAAGUAACAACAGCAUACCGCCGCGAUGACCCAAGCGCGUACUUACAGUCCGAAUGUUCGAGUGGGGAACUGGAUCGAGGACCUUGUUUUGAAGGAGGACAUGCUGAAGGACUUCCUGGAGCAGAAGGGCAGAGGAGAGCUCACCCUGCAGAAGGUCGGCACACUGAGGGACAACAUCAUGAAGAGCGUAGAGCUGUCGGUCACACUGGGCAUGGUACGUUUUGGCGAUACUGUCAUGCUCGUGAACCCUGGGAGGGAGGAGCCUGACCAACGUGACCCCUGCGCCCUCAGCAUCCUCACUGACAUCAGCAACAUCAGGCCACCCCCCCAGCAAACAGACAACCAAUCACUGCAGGCUCCCUGUCUUGUGGGUGGGGCCAGGAGUUUGCAGCCAUGUGUGCGGAACGCAUUUGUGAUUGACAGUGUGGAUGGGACCCCCAAAGGAGACAUGUUGCUUUAUGACCAGAGCUUCUGUCUGAGAACAACUGCAGGCUAUGCAGGAGGGCUCUACUUGGCCAGUGACGUGAAGAGUUUCCAGAAGUGUGCGCCGAAGUCCCGCCUACAGGAAGUGAAUUUGGUGGAGGAGCUGAACUUCCUGUGCCACUGGAAGCUCAAGUACAUAGACCCCCAGGAACGGUUGGAGCAUGAGGGGUUCCCUGUAUCUGCAAACUCAAGGGUGCUCAUCUCUCACUGCAAGACCAACCAGUGCCUGUCCCUCAUGGAGAACCACAUCCUGUGGACUCCGUUUGGUAAAGAGUACGAGAUCACGGCACAAACCCGACUGGAUUCCCAUAAGGCCGAGCAGGAUGGUAACCACUGGAUCUUCUCCACCUCUGACCCUGGCAACCACGGACACACCCUCUUCCAAACGCAACAAGCCAAUCAGAUCACAGAAGAGACCCAAUCAGAUCCGCAGCCUGUCUCUGACCCAACCCCUGACCACUAGAAACAGGACACACACCCUCUGUGUGUGUGUCUCUCUACCACAGACACAGCGUUGCUUGCGGAAAUAAGGGAUAAAUACUCAUUUUGGAUUCAGAGAAAUGGAUUAACUGUUGCUUUUUACAGAAUGAUGAUGAAUAAAUGCUGACUGCCAACUACAAAUUUAAUAUUUGUACGCGUGGGUGCGGAUGUUAGUCUGUGUGUGUGUGUGUGUGUGUGUGUGUGUGUGUGUGUGCAAUUCAUUUUUUCCAAAAGACACAGAUGUAACACUAAGUCACUUUUGAAAAAAAUGCAUUUGUGGAACA